GUGGUUGUGCAGUUUGGAUCUCGUGUGCAGUUUGCUCUGAACGCUCUAGUCUUCUCCACCCUGGUCUGCGGUCUCUUUAAAUCCAGAUCCUCCGGACCAGGGCUGUGCGUGUUGCAGACGCUCGCUCGGCUUGGCAGCUCCCACUGCCGAGCGCUCAACCUGAUCCACAGCUGCUUGCCAUCUACGGCGGGCUGAAAAAGUUUUCGAAAAGGAGACACGCGAAUCUGGAUACAUCCGAAACAAUGCGGGGCCGAGGAUGUAGCACAGUGCGGGCGAGACUCCGUCGCUUCGGGUCCUCGCAGGAGCGUGGAUGUUGAGUUUGCGUCAUGUUCAGCCGUGCUGCGAUCAUGCAACAUCUGGAUUAACUAUCGGGGGGAGUCGGCGGCCCAGGAACAGAAGCCUGCUCCGUGCAAGGCUCGUCCGGUUCCUUGGCGAAAACAAUUGCCCGCUGUGGAUAUUGACUCGUUUUUAAUAGAUUAUGUAUUCUUUAAGAUGGGUGCCAACAAUGGAAAACAGUAUGGAAGCGAAGGUAAGCAGAGCUCUAGCACCCUCUCUGACAUAAGCUCGGGAACGGAUCACACUCCCACCAGAGCUCCGAAGAAUGCGACUACCAGCGAAGGCCUGGACUCCAGCACGCGGACCCUCAGCACCCCGAGCCCCGGCCUCAUCCUCCCCUCCAAGUCCUCCUCCCUGUCCUCCCCGGCGCUCAGCAGCAACGGCCACGACACCCACUCCUCCUCCUCCUCCUCCGCCCGCGCCGAGACCUCCGCCGUCGUCCACGCCACGCCCGGCGCCGGCCCCCACGCCCGCUCGGCCCGCCAGCCCAAGGGCCACCACUCCUCCUCCUCCUCCUCCUCCUCCUCCGGCCCCUCCCCCAUCGACCUCCUCCCCGACCACGCCCUGCUGCAGGUCUUUGCCCACCUGCCGACCAACCAGCUGUGCCGCUGCGCCCGCGUCAGCCGGCGCUGGUACAACCUGGCGUGGGACCCGCGCCUCUGGAGCUCGAUCCGGCUGAGCGGGGAGCUGCUGCACGCCGACCGCGCCAUCCGCAUCCUGACCCAUCGGCUGUGCCAGGACACCCCCAGCGUGUGCCUGACCCUGGAGACGGUGGUGGUGAGCGGCUGCAAGCGGCUGACGGACCGCGGCCUCUACGUGCUGGCGCGCUGCUGCCCCGAGCUGCGGCGGCUGGAGGUGGCCGGCUGCUACAACGUGUCCAACGAGGCCGUGUUCGAGGUGGUGUCGCGCUGCCCCAACCUGGAGCACCUCAACCUGGCAGGCUGCUCCAAGGUGACCUGCAUCAGCCUGACCGAGGAGGCGUCCCUGCAGCUGGCUCCGGUGCACGGCCAGCAGAUCUCCAUCAGCUUCCUGGACAUGAGCGACUGCCUCUCUCUGGAGGACGAGGGGCUGCGCAUCAUCGCCAGCCACUGCCCCCGCCUCACCCACCUCUACCUGCGCCGGUGCCCGCGCCUCACGGACGAGUCGCUCCGCCACCUGGCGCUCCACUGCCCUUCGGUGCGCGAGCUCAGCCUCAGCGACUGCCGCCUGCUGGGGGACUUCGGGCUGCGCGAGGUGGCCCGGCUGGAGGGCCGGCUGCGCUACCUCAGCGUGGCCCACUGCCCGCGCAUCACCGACGUGGGCGUGCGCUACGUGGCACGCUACUGCCCGCGGCUACGCUACCUGAAUGCCCGCGGCUGCGAGGGUCUGACCGACCACGGCCUGGGGCACCUGGCACGGAGCUGCCCCAAGCUCAAGUCCCUGGACGUGGGGAAGUGUCCGCUGGUGUCGGACGGCGGGCUGGAGCAGCUGGCGCUGUACUGCCAGGGUCUGCGGCGGCUGAGCCUGCGGGCGUGCGAGAGCGUGAGCGGCCGGGGGCUGCGUGCGCUGGCGGCUAACUGCUGCGAGCUGCAGCUGCUCAACGUGCAGGACUGCGAGGUGUCGCCGGAGGCGCUGCGCUUCGUGCGGCGCCACUGCCGACGCUGCGUCAUCGAACACACCAACCCGGCGUUCUACUGAGUGCGACGGUGGUGAAAGGGUUCUGGGUUCUGGGUUCGAGUCCCUGCCCCCCCUUCUGACAAGUGGAUGUUUUUUUUUCUACUCCUGCUUCGCGGUGGCGUUAGCUUAGCCGCGCCGUCCGGACUGGUUGGACACAAGGUGUACAAUUCUUCCUCCCCGCGUGGUGGAAGAGGGUGAGGAUGAGAAUGAUGAUGAUGAUUAUAAAGUCAGUUUUUUUUUUAUAAUUUUACAAAUACUUCUAAAGAAUGUAUUUCACAUAUUUAUCUGUUCAAAGGUAAAGACAUGCAAGUAUAAGCAAUCACGUUAGCAUUUUUCAGUCACGUUAGCAUUCGGUUCCGAUGUGUCACCUGUUCUAAAUCCAUGCUACUAAUGGCGCGUUUCCACCGGCGGGUGCUAUCGGCCAAGUAUGAUUAGUUCCGGUAAUGUAGGUGUGGUUAGGCGCAGCUCAGUUACGGCUCGCUUGUCCACCGCCAACAGUACCUUUACGGUAGGGUUGGGUUUUACGCCGGACGGCGAUAGCCGCGGCAGCUACGUAAGCAUCCUGACCUCAUAGCAGCCCAAAACAGUGUAACCUGCUAAUAAAUCCAACGAAAAAGAACAAUGCGACAAAAUAAACUAAGAGCAACAAUGUAGGAUAACCAAGAAGAAGGCCAAACUUUUGCGCACCAUUUUCUUCAAUAAACAAAGCUUUCGCCGUUGUCCAGAAAUAUCUUGCAGGUACUGUGUUUUUUGCUGUUGUUUUAUCUGUCACCCGAAAGUGACGAUUCUGUUGACCAAUCAUCGCUUGGUACCCCAACACAGGUAAACUGGGUAGCCCCGCCCAUUCUGCCGUUGAUUUGAGUUUGCCCUGCAGAAGGGUCCAAUAGUAUCCGUCUGCGUCCUGCAAGACGGAGGCGUAACUUGUAGUAGGCGUAACAUGUAGUAGGAGGCGUGUCUAGUACUUUUCUAAAUCGCAGAAGUCAUCAGUAUGUAGCAGUGGUGCGUGGGUACAUAAAUGACCGCAACUCAAAAACAAAAAAGAUGAUUUUCUGUUACGACAGACGAUAACGUUUUCUGAAUCUGAAUCUGAAUCUGAACUCUGACCUCAAAUAUUAGGCCUUAUAUAAAAAUAAUGCACCUGACUUUAGAACAUUUAGAUUUAGAUUUAGAAAAGUACAAGACAUGCCUCCUCCUACUACAAGUUACGCUUAUUACAAGUUACUCCUCCAUCUUGCAGGACGCAGACAGACCCUACUCCAAGGGUCUGGAGAAGAGCAAUACAUUUCUUGGCAUACACUUGGCCCGUUGAUCACGCCUCUUGUGCUGACGAAAAUGACAGCAGCUUCCCCAGACCCACAUGCAAUCUAUGAUUGAGCUUGGUCUGGCAAUAGCCAGGCUACAACGGAGGAGUACUGAGAGAUAAGUAGGGCUAAUCACGGCUAAGUCCGGACCCCGCCCACUUUUAGCGGUGGAAACCAAUAGUAUCUGUCUGCGUCCUGCAAGACGGAGGCGUAACUUGUAGUAGGAGGCGUAACUUGUACUAGGAGGCGUAACUUGUUCUUUUCUAAAUCGCGUCCACGCAAGAUCUUUCUCUUUUCGCGGUAAAUAAAAAGCGUUGUAAAUCACGGUUCACACGAGAUCUUCAUUGAAGUCGGGUCUUCCGAUAUUCAUGACGGUAAGUCAAUUUAAGGCCUAAUAUUUGAGGUCCGAGUUGCGGUCAUUUAUGUACCCACGCACCACUGCUACACACAUCACUUCCGCGAUUUAGAAAAGUACUAGACACGCCUCCGACUACAAGUUACGCCUCCGACUACAUGUUACGCCUCCUAGUGCAAGUUACGCGUCCUCCGUCUACAAGUUACGCCUCCUACUACAAGUUACGCCUCCGUCUUGCAGGACGCAGACAGACCCAACUCGUGGAAACGCGAACCAUUCCGCACCUUUUCAUAAUUAACCGAACCACAACCGCUGAUGGAAACGCGCAAUAAAUGUAGCACCUGGUACAGAUUCGCAAUUUAUGCAUUUAAAUAUUUUCUGUUUUGUUUCAUGUCGAUCUUUUUUACUGCCAUCAACCCCUCCAAUAAUAAUCAUGAUAUUCUUCAUUAUUAAUAUCUGCACCUAUUUAUAAUAAACCACUAAAAUACUUAAUAAUCCAAACAGCAACAAGAGGGAACUGCCAAUGUUAUAUCCCCCCCUUUGCUCUCUGCAAGUACUACAAGUACGACUUCUGUUCAUGAUGCACGGUGCAAAAGCACUUUUAAAGCGAUUUACAAAGGACUUCCACUCUACCCAUUAAGCUUAGUUAAAUCACGGUUGCCACGACGACAGCGACGACGAAGAAGAUAAUGUCAGAGGAAGAGCGGAGGACGGAUGGACGGACAGAGGUGAUGACCGCUAUCAAAGGGAACACUCUCUGAGACUUUUGUACAUUAAAAUGACCAGGAACCCGUUGCUGCUAUAAUUGCACCAAUAAAAAACGAAAACUUUGAAACACA